GCGCCGCCCAAUCAGCGCCCGGCGCGGGGCCGGCGAUUGGGCGGCGCGUUUCGAAGGCCGGUUUGGCGCGAGGCAACGAUUGGCUGCGGGCGUGGGGCGGAGGGAAGGAAGGGGGGAGACACACACACACCCCGAGACAAGGGGGAGGCCGCGGCUCCGGCGGCGCGGGAGGCCUAGGCCGGCGGCGGGUGAGAGGGCGGCCGCCACCUCGGCCCGGCGCCUCCCUCUCGCCCUCCCUCAGGCCCGCCCGUGUCCGCCCCGCGGAUGGCGGCGGCGGCGGCCCCGGCGCUUUAUGCCUGCACCAAGUGCAACCAGCGCUAUCCGUUCGAGGAGCUGUCGCAGGGCCAGCAGCUGUGCAAGGAAUGCCGCAUCGCCCACCCCAUCGUGAAAUGCACCUACUGCCGCUCUGAGUUCCAGCAGGAGAGCAAAACCAACACAAUAUGCAAGAAGUGCGCCCAAAACGUGAAGCAGUUUGGAACGCCCAAGCCUUGUCAGUAUUGUAACAUUAUUGCAGCAUUUAUUGGCACAAAAUGUCAGCGUUGCACCAACUCUGAGAAGAAGUAUGGCCCACCUCAAACAUGUGAACAGUGCAAACAGCAGUGCGCUUUUGAUCGGAAAGAGGAGGGAAGAAGGAAGGUUGAUGGAAAGUUGUUGUGUUGGCUCUGCACACUGUCCUACAAGAGAGUGCUACAGAAGACAAAAGAACAGAGGAAGAGCCUAGGAUCUUCACAUUCUAACUCCUCAUCCUCAUCUCUUGCUGAGAAAGACCAGCAUCAUUCAAAACACCACCACCAUCACCACCAUCAUCAUCGUCACAGCAGCAGUCAUCAUAAAAUCAGCAGUCUGAGUCCAGAACAAGAUCAGGGACUAUGGAAACAGAGCCAUAAAUCCUCUGCAGCUAUUCAGAAUGAAACUCCAAAGAAAAAACCCAAACUGGAAUCCAAGCCAUCAAAUGGAGAUAGUAGCUCUAUAAAUCAGUCAGCAGACAGUGGAGGAACUGACAACUUUGUCCUCAUAAGUCAGCUGAAAGAAGAAGUAAUGUCACUUAAACGUCUACUGCAGCAAAGAGAUCAGACUAUUUUAGAAAAAGAUAAAAAGUUAACAGAACUGAAGGCAGACUUCCAGUACCAGGAAUCUAAUUUGAGGACAAAGAUGAAUGGUAUGGAGAAAGCCCACAAGGAAACUGUGGAACAGUUGCAGGCCAAAAACAGAGAACUGCUGAAACAGGUUGCAGCAUUGUCGAAGGGUAAAAAGUUUGAUAAAAGUGGGAGUAUACUAACAUCUCCUUGAGGAACUGGUUAUUCAUGGGGUUUGCUACUCAAUGGAAUUUUGAGUAAUUCUGUGAAGCCCUUAAAAGCCUGUGUAGUGGAAAAAAUAUUUUUGCACACCAGAUUAGUUGGCAUGUUUCCUACACGUUUUUGUAAUAUGCAGCUUUUUUUAGUUACUGUUCAGAUGAAAUACUUCAACUGGCUUGAAGAAUGUUUUUAUUUUUUUGAUAUUGGAAACUUUUUGCCAGCAAUAGUAUUAAACAAUUGCAUAGAGAACAUAGCAGUGCUCUCUCUAAAAGGACAACAUGCAAUAACAAACUAGAUGUACUUUUUACCAAGCAAUUGAGAAUUCUAAGCUACACUGAUGUCAGCCAAAAGUUUAUGAAUCUGCAGUGACACUGAACACUGGUUUCUGGCAACUUUAACCUUUACUUUGUAUCAAAAUAUGAAAUUAGAAUGGAAAUCAUGGUGCUCUCAAGUGAAGCUAAAAAAAAGGCUCAUAUGUAUGUGUAAAUACAACUGUUACGGUUAUAUUCUUAGUUAUAACAAGUAAUUAGUGUUUUACAUUCUCGUGAUAGGGAUUUACGGAAAGAUUAUCUAUUGUACAGUAACAGAGGCAGUGUGGUUUUUGUAAAAUUUCCUGUAGAUUUUUCUUGCAAGUGCCUUUCUCCAACUGUUUAUUUAUAGGAAUGUUGGUAUUUUGUACAUAAGGUUUUUAUGUUUUAAAAUCAUCUUUAAUAAAUGUUUUAUGUAAAUAUAAAUGUGUGUACAGAAGAAUCUGAAACAAAGAUCAAAGUGGCUAGUGCAGUGCUUGAAGCAGCGUUAAGAGCUAGCUAAUUGUUGGACAGUAAGUAUUGGCUUUAGAUAACCUUUGUAGCUUGUGUCUGUGAGAUGUAGAAUUUUGUUAGUGCUGCUCAUGCCAAACUCUUCCUGAACAAAAAAUGAAAUGUUUUUUGCCACACUGGAUUUGACUGGUUUGUUUAUACAUUUUUCCCCAUUUGGCACAGCACUGAUUUUAAUUCCAUAGCAGACAUCGUACUCCCAACAUUACAUCCUUUAUUAGUGAUAUACACUCAAAGUGUUAAAACUUUAUUCUUCAUUGCUUGAUUUAAUGUACUUAGUUGUAUCAUAUGGUCAUUCUUUCUCAUGAAUUGCAAGAUUCUAGCUUCCCAGCAAAGAUACACAAUGAGAAAAGAGUAGCCAAAACUAAUGGUCUUGAAAUUCAUGCAGGGAAUGUGGUGUUCAAGGAUGGGUUGUUUUAAUGUUUUGGGUAGAUGUAGAUUUUCAUUCUGAAUUACAUCAGUUUUUGUGUCUAUGCUCCUAAUGGACAUUAGUUAUAUUCAGAAUUUUUAUUAAACAUAAUUUAGUACACCCAAAGCUCUGUGCUCAGGAAGGUCAGUUACGAGUCAGCAUGAAGGGAAGUAGACUUAAAUCAGUAAAGGUUUAGAUCAGCUUCGGGUACUGGGUGGUAACAGGGUAACUGCUUAUAUUUCAGGAAGCUUAAUUGUGUAGAAUAAGCUACACACCUUUUUACUGAAGAACUAAAAUUCCUUGUCUGUCCACCCAUUUACUGAACUGUGACCACCUUUUCAGUAACUGUAAAACAAGUUCCAGCAGUGACAGACUACAGAAUAGUUUGAAAAAAAUCAAGCUGGCUUGUUUCAUAUGGUAUACCUGUAUUUUUAUACCCUGAAAUCAACUUUGUAUGUUUAUAAAGGCUUCUCUUUACACUUGUUCAACCAAGGUAAAGAAUGCUGUGAUCCUUUGGGAAUGUUGUUAUUUUUCUUAAUAUUACCAGUUUAUGACUUUCCUUAAUUCAUAGUAUUAUUUUGAUACAGGUUUUUUUUCCACUUCAGUGGCAGCCCAAGUUUGGUGAAAUUGUUUUUGCAGCACAGAAAAGCAUAGCAAAUUUAAAUGUUUUCAUUAAAAUCAUUUAAUGAUAUCAGUUCCAGCUGCAGUAAGGAUGUUUUAAAGGAACAAGCUGAAGUUCUAUAUUAGAAGUUAUUGACUUUAUAAAGCCAAGCCCAAAAAAUUUUUAGGGGCUUCACAGUAUUUAGUUCUAGUUAAAUACCUGUGGGUUUUCUUCUGUAAUCUCAUUUUGAACAUGAGGGUUUUUUUAAGUUGUAAACUAGCCAACUGAAUCCCAGUUCUGCAAAGGGUGUCCUGGAGCUGUAGAUUAUUGACAUAAUAAACUGAUGUUCUUUAAAUGUCGAUCUGCAAGGAGAUUAUUGUACUAUAUUGUGCUUUUUUGCCUGUUUCCAGAUGGUGAUUAGCACUGAGCAGAUAUGGCCAUUUUGGCUCAAAUUAUUUAUGUAUUUUAAGCCUGUUAAUAUUGCGGCCCCCUUUGGGACAGUAUGUCUAAAUAUGCGUUCUGCAGUGAAGCUGUUCAGCUGUCCACAUGUAUAGACUAUUGAAAUACUGUACUGGCACACAUCUGACCGCUGACAUUUUGUACCUUUUCUAAAUCCAAUGUUUCACAAUAAAAUCUUGUCAAAACAUUAA